GAUUUAUCCAAGCAUCACGAGGUUGAUGAUCUCUGGGUGGCAAUCCGGGGCAAAGUAUAUAACGUUACCAGCUACGCCGACGACCAUCCUGGAGGUAUCGAAGUCUUGAAGGACGUUGCUGGAUCCGACGGCACUGAAAGCUUUGAAUAUGUGAGCCAUUCAGAGGACGCAUACAAUACACUUGAAAAGUUCCAAGUUGGAGUGAUCCUCGAUCAUGAAGACGGUGCUGAACUCGGCCAAAUGGCCAAAGUUUGGGAUGCCCAACGCGUCCAGGUCGGGAAGGCUUCAGACUUGAGACCCUCAGUGUUGAGAAUGACAGCAGCUAUCACUGUCAUACUUUUAGUGGGAAAGACGAGCCACUGGAUUCUACAGUAUAAUGCUGCUUUGCUUGAACGGGGCGGGCCCGUACCUGUACAGACGGACUUGUCAUCGUGGACCUUGUUAUGGUUGGGAAUGGGGCUUUCGGCCAUGAUAGGC